AUGGCGCGAUCAUGGCCCUCAAGAGAAGGCGUCACUGCUGAUGUACUUGGCAGUCUCAUUUCCCGCACUCUGCUAGACCCCUGGAAGCUCAUCCCCCUCCUCGCCCUGGCCCAGUACACUGCGCAUGGCCGCGAGGUGGUCGAGGCCCGCCCCAACCUCGACAAAGCCCUAAAAGCUCUAACCGCCCUGGGCGUCCUCAACGGUUUCGGCAACUGGCUGAACCGCCGCACCCUCAACAACAAAGUCAGCGACAAAUACGACUGGAAUCGCGAAGUCGUCGUCCUAACCGGCGGCAGCAACGGCAUCGGCCGACGCAUCGCCGAAAGACUCGGCUCGCGCGGUAUCAAAGUCGCCAUCCUGGACAUCGCCCCUCCAGCCUCAGGCGACAUCCUGCCCCCCAGCGUCCGCUACUACCAAUGCGACAUCACGUCUUCGGAGAACAUCACCGAAGUCGCCGUCAAGAUCCGCGCCUCCUUCGGCAACCCCACCAUCCUGAUCAACAACGCCGGCAUCUGUACCGGCAAGACAAUCCUCAAGACAACGCCUGCCAUGACCCGCCGCAUGUUUGAGGUCAACACCUUCGCCCACUACUGGCUUGCACAGGAGUUCCUGCCGGAUAUGGUCAAGGCCAACCAUGGCAUGGUUGUCACCGUUGCUUCGCAGGCGGGUUAUACGGUUACACCCAAUAUGGUCGAUUACUCUGCUACCAAGGCGGCGGCUAUUUGCUUCCACGAGGGUCUUGCUGCGGAGUUGGUUACCAGGUAUGCGGCGCCGAAGGUGCGCACUGUGCUUGUUACGCAGGGUUUCACCAAGACGAAUCUGAUUAAGGAUUUGACUCCUGAGGAUACUUGGUAUAACCCGCUGCUGGAUCCUGAGACUGUUGCUGAGAAGGCAGUUAAUCAGGUGCUCAAGGGGGAGAGUGGUCAUGUUCUUGUGCCCGGUUCGGCUGGGUGGCUUGCGAAGAGGUUUAGGGGUUUGCCUGAUUGGGUUCAGCAUACGUUGCGGUGUAAGUUGGAGAAGUUGAUGAGGGCUCCAGAGUAG